AUGGCGGACAAAGGAAUGAAAGUGGGUAUAAUGUAAUUGCUCGGAUAGUUUAUUUCGCUUUCCUUACCCAUUGGGAAAUUGGCUAAACUGCAGAAUACCUUGCCAAUCAUUUACAUGUCAUGGAAUAAGAAUAGCGUUUAUUGUAUCAUGCCUCGAUCUUCAGAGCCUCCCGACGCAUGUAAAAGAGGUGGACCAAAGUGACAGGGUAUUCUGCAGUUGUUCCGGAAAAUUAACUUUAUUAAUGAAAUCUUAGUUAUUUUAGUUGUGUAUAUAUAUCAGUGAUAUAUUCUCUGUGUUGACGGGAGAACUGCUAGUUUGACUACGUAGUUAACGAGUAUUCUUGCUUUCAGUCGAUUUCAGUGUUGUAUACAGUUAGAUGAGAGCCGGCUAAGUUUCCUUCCCUAUUUUUUCUGAAUGAAAGAAAACUGAAACAAUAUUUAAUUGGUAGGAGUGAGACACUGAUUGAUCUACCUUUAAUUAUGCAACCAAUUGAUGAAAGCAAAAUAAGCUUUCAUACAAAACACACUUGCAGGGGCCUUAGAGAGUGAGUUUUGACUAAUUCUAAAAAACAGACCUGAGCAAUUUAAAUUAACCUCAACCGGUUCGACCGAAAGUUUUUUUCAAAAUGUAAAAUUUUUUUUUCAUUAGCCAGCUGGCUAAAUAUAUUUGCACUAGGCAUCCAAUAAGUACAUGGAACUAUAUAUUUUUUGGUUUGUUUGUAUGAUUCUCAUAAUAACUAUAUUGGCAUUUUAAUUUUUUUUAUUCUGAAUUUUAGACUGACAGAAACCAGCAUUUUCUGAAGGUUUCACGUGCAGAUGUAGAUCAACUUGUAACAGAGAUUAUGCAAUUCAAGGAAUUUUUGCCAAAGGUAAACUUUUUCUCAAUAUGUGGUGUAAUUUUUGUUUUAGAAAGUGAAAUCCAGCCAACUUGCACUUUAAAGAGAAAGAAUGCUUUAAGGAUUUGCAGUUGAAGUGAUAAAUAGAUUUUCAAUCUCCAUUUGCCUCCUUCAAGUGUGAAGUGUUAUUUAUUCUAAUAUAUGUUGUUGGUGUUUUCACUUAAAGUUGAGAUUAUGGAAGUUUAUGUAUCAAAAUGUCAAGCAAGAACCAUUUCCAACAGUCAGCAAAUGCAGAGAAAAGCAUGAAGAAUUGUAGCUUGUUUGAUCUACUCUUAAGGGAUUAUUGCUCCUACCAACCCUAGGAGAACCAGCAACUUGAAACAUGCAUCAUACAUAGGCUAGAAAAUUAUAAUAAUACUCUUGACAUAAAUACUAGCAGCUGUUGAUUUAAGGGUAAAAUUUCCUUUUAAAUUAAUCACUGGCUUCCCCAGACUCUUAGAUCUCUGAAUUUCUCUUGCUUUAACAAAGUAUGUGCAUUGUUUGCCUUUUUUUUUCUUGCAGGAUAUAAUGUUGUUGAUUAUAUUUAUCUCAAAUUUUUUCUAGGUUUUAAAUUCUGAUCUUGUAGGGUUAUAUAAGAAACUGGAUCAUUGUGAGCAAGGUAUGAAUUUUCUCUGGGCUUUAAAUCACAAGAAGCUAAUAAUAUUAUCGUCUAGUUAAGAGCAUGUGGUCAAAUCAUUUAGUUGUUUUAUCAUAGGAAUUGCUAAAUAUUCCAUAAUCAGACUCAGUCCUUGACUGCAGGAACAAAUAAUGUGAAGGCAAACAAAAAGAUAUGAUGCACAACAUAAACAAUAUGCAUAAAAUAAACAGUUUGUUUUGAUCUUUUUGAAUUUGUAACAAUCAGAACUUGAGGUCUUGGAGGCAGAGAACAGAAAGCUAAGGGUUGAGCUUGAUCAGAUGAAAAUGCACCAUGAUUCAGAGAUUGAGGCAAUGAAGAAACAAAAUAACAGCCUUCUUGAGGAUGGUGAGAGAUAUAAGGAGGUAUGUCUCCUGAAUUAUAAACAUGAUCUGUUUUUGUAUACAAAUAAUAUGCUGAUCAAAAGCAAUCCAUUGACCUAAGAGGUAGGAUCUCUGAUUUUGGGCAACUUCGAGAAUUCUGUAGCUAAAUUUUGUUGGCCAUGCAGAGCUAUAUUUUAUUCAGACAAGAGAAAUAUUUCCUCCUACCUUACACCAUUCUCAUGUUAACAUGAGAAUGGAAACUGUGAAGCUGCAUCAAGUAAUGUUUAGCUGUGAAAUAUUUUACUUAGUUUUUAUGUAAUUUUAUGUAAUUUUUAUUGAAUAUUAUUGCUUAUUUAAACUUUUUGUUAGACACUUGAUCAAUAAAAAUUGAAUAUCAACAUACACAGUGUAUUUAUUGCUAGUGAUCAGUUUUUCCAAUAUUUUUUGCUUUUUCUUUUUCCUUUCCAGGAAAAAUAUGUGCUAAAGGUAAUGUAUGUAAUUUAGUUAACUUAAAACCUCUCUUUUCUUUUUUCUUGUUUUUUCAAUUUUUUUAAUCACUUUGGAUUGUACAAAAUCCCAUGGAAUCUGUGGUUUAACCUAAAUCCAUUUCAAAAUCUUAAACAAAAGCUCUUUCUGCUUAGUGGCUAAUUUGUCAACUGACUCCAACAAGUAGUUUGUAGAGAAAAAAAAAAGGGAUGAAGAUAUGUUUAAAUUGUCUUUGCCAAGAGAAGUUUGUAAAUUGUAAAUAUGCAGAUAGAUAUAAUCAUCACAGUUUGACUUGUGAAGAUUCUCUAAAAUAUUUGUAAGUGAACAUUUCAAUAAGAAAAUCUUUCUUUCAGUGUCAGCUGUCAGAAGCAAGCCAACAAAUGAAUGAUCAAUCAGAUUAUUGUUCUUGUAUGGGUGCAGCCGUUUGUACUCUGCUAUGGAGAGUAUCUCGUCAGCAGGAGUCUGUUACUUCCCUGCUCGGAGGGGUAAGUUGAUAAUAUUUGUAAAAUAUGAUGCAAGGUCUCUGGUAAAUCUUGGUUCAUUCUGUGUGGCAAAAAGCUAAAUUUUGCACUAACAUUGUACCUUGUAUUUCUCUUAAGAGGCAUACAGAAACUGUUAGAUUUGGAGCUUUUUAUGAGCAAGUUUUUCAUAUUUUCAGCUCUCAUUGAUGUGGCUGUGGCUUCUCUCGUUCACUCUUCACUUCUGUUGUUUUUAUAUUGAACAACCGUAUGCUUACCAGCUUUAAUCUUGUUAGAUUUUUACUUUACAGUAUUCCGUAGCGGACCCGAUCUUGCCUGAACCGACAAUAGACCCGGAGCUUUCCAAGGGUCAGGUCCUUGAGAAUUUUUGAAUCUCGUCUCCAGUGCUCAGCCCUUUAGAGUCGCAAAUGCCUCGGAAAGUGCAGUCACUUAUUUAGGAUUUCAAAUUUUUCUUGCCCCAAUGGAUUUUUAAAUUAUUUUAAUUUUACUUUUUCCAACAACGAUUAAGGCCAUACUGUCACUUAGAUUUUUCCGCCGGCUUAAGAAAUUGGCCUGUAAACGUGAGCACAAGGCCUUGGCCUGAUUGCAAUCCUUGCCUUGAGACUUGCGCCUUAGAUAUUAGAAUUGGAUGGCAUUAAAUUUAAAUGGAUUAAACGUUAAAAAAGAGAAGGAAAUUGAAAACCUUUAUCCCAUUCCUUCUGGUGGGAAUGACAGCUUGUUGCUACUACUUUCUCAAAUCCAGAACAAAGCGGAAGAGUUUCUUCAAAUCACAUCACGAACUGUUGAGAGUUACUUUGACUCUUGCGCUGGAGGAGAGGAAGCGAAAGAAAACUCAGAAGAAUUUCAGUUUGUUUUGGCUCUCGUUGGAAUCAUUACAAACAUGGCAGCUGCUGCGCAAGGUCGAGAAUUCCUGGUAACGAAAGACAGUGGACGUGUAUUGAUUGACACGUUUAUGAAAGUGCUGGGUGGAUCGUCUGCAGGAAAAAAUGUUAAGAUGAGAAAUUUGAUACUGAUGGCGUUGUAUAAUGUUAGGUAAGGUUCAUUGAACAUGUGCUUAGCUAUCGUAAAAUGCAUGAAUCAACGUACUUAUAAAGCUCAUAAACUCACUGUGUGACGUAGCUCGUUCGUUCUGAUGAUAUAUAUCUUUAUGACUUUAUCAGCUGAGUUCAGUGAGUAGUCCGAACUACCCGUAGUAGCCGUUCUUCCCAGUUGAAGCUGUAGCUUUUACAAAAAUAUAUGAACAGAUAAAUAUGAGAUAAGAAAUAGAUUAAAAAAAAGAUGUCAUUUUGAUCACAAGUAAGAUUCCAACAUAGCAAAUUGGAAAAAAUCCAUCUAGUUAAUUUUGUCAUAAGUUUAUCAUCAUAUCAUAUCACGUAGGCCAGACAAGUCUUUGUGAAGUUAAAAAUUUACUUUCAUGGUUAUUCUUAGUAUCAACAUGUCAGGGCUCCAGUACAUCACUAAAAAGCGAGGAAUUCUUGGCAACCUCAUGCAGACAAUUCAGGGUAAGAUGAUUUCCAGUUCUUUUGUUUAUGGCUGGCUCUGUUAGCAUUGUUAUGUGAACCAGAGUUAUAAUGGUCACGAUUCGGUGGAGAUCGAAAUCAAAAUAGUAAGCACAACACAAUCACGAUCGGAACAUUCACAACGCUUAUCGUUUUCCCCAAAAUUUGUUCAAAGGGCGAGUGAUGACAUACAGUGUUUGUAGAACUUGUGUGUGUGAGUCACUAGCUGAUGAAGACUGAUGAUAUACAGUGUUUGUAUAACUUGUGUGUGUGUGUCACUAGCUGAUGAAGACUGAUGAUAUACAGUGUUUGUAUAACUUGUGUGUGUGAGUCGUUAGCUGCAGAGAAAUGACAGACCACUCCAAACAUUUGUACUACUUACGGGUUUGAAAGUGAGAGCUGUGACUGAUUGCUUCUACCAGUGAAAAGAUAGUUUGCGUAUAGUGGAAAUGGCUGUUUCGUACGCACCUUAAAGUCCAUAGGGGCCGGUGGAUGAACAAAACUUUACGGCAAAGCGGAGUUGUGGAGGUGGUUAAAGACAAUAAAUAGUUUCUCAAUCGAUGCGUUUUCGUCUAAAGGCUCUCCCGCACGUUUUCUCGGGUCCGUACCUCAACGCUUUCAUGCAUCACAAAACCGACAGCUACUUACUUUUGGUUUAUGGAAAAUGUUGCAAGUUACAUAUGUAUAACAGCUGGGGUCUCUUAGCUCCAUUAAAUGAUGAGAAUGCGUUCUAUGAACUUCAAUUUGGAUGCUGGUAGACUGAAUUGUUACGACGUGAAUUGUUAUGACGUCUCUGGCUUGAAUAAUCUAUUUUCAUGACACUUAACACUCAAGGUCGCUUGAUUUGUUUUUGUUUUGAUUUUAAAGGGGAAAGUGAUUCUGAGCUAAGCCUUAAUGCUGCCAGGUAAAUAAACGAAUUGUUCUUCUCUAUUUCCUUCAUAUCACUUUUUCCGUUGUAAAGAGCAGAUCACUUAAUUGUAUCACUUACAUUUUUAACGUCGUAGUCCUUUGAAUAAGUGAGAAUAUUUCUUAGUGUCUCCAUGAAUGUAUAAAAUAUGAUUUGUCACUGUUCCUCUCAAGACUGUUGCAGUCCAUCGUCAUGGAGCCGAACAGUUUAACAAGUGAAAUCUUUGACUCAGUAAGUAACAGUAAACUUUCAUAGCUUACUAAACCUCUUGUUUAAUUUUUGUUUUUUUUUUCUUGUUUUUUGAUGGGUCAUCAUCUCGAUGAUCAUUGCGUUUUUUUCCAUGUGAAAUGUCUUUAAAACAUGGUUAGAUAGUCAGUUUGCUUCAAUGUAAUCAAGAUGUAAUUUAUUUAACAUUUCUGAACGUUCGUCUCUGUAACCCUAUCAGAUUUCUUUGCCAGUGCUUCAAAACCUUGCACGAACAGCCAAGGGAGAGGUUAGUGAUGUAAACUUUAAUCACGGGUUAACAAUGAUUGAGAAUACAUGGGCCACAGCUUGUGAAAAAAAAAUCAUGAUCUUUCAUCGCAUAAUUUUUAUUUGUUUUGUUUUUUGUUUUUGCGGCCUUAGUUUGUUUGUUUUUGUUUUUUCUACACUUUCUGCCUAUAUUGCUCUGUUCUUUUAGCUUUUACGCAUUCUUUAAUUUUGGUUUGAUGGCAUUAUCCACAGUUGGCUACAUGUUCAGUCCCACUGUGCAUGAUUUUACCACUAGAUCAUUGAACUCUUCUUGCUUUUAGGGGAAAAAAGGUUCAGCGCCUUUUCCGCUCUUCUUUAUUUCACGACCAAUGCAAGCUCAACAUUCAACUUCGAUAUUGAUCUACAUACUUACAUUAACCAGCGGUCAAACGUUAGGCUUGCGCGAUGGAAUCAAUUUCCGGCAGGCCGCGCGCUAAUUUCCCGCGCGAAAUUUGUACCAGAAAUCGGAUGAUUUCGAGUGCCUCUGGUUCACACUUUCAGAAACGUCUUUGGAAGCCCCAAGAAUUCCAGACUUUUAGCCAAUUGUUUUUACUUUGUUCGGUCUUUUUGUUUUUGUCAUUAUCCCUCAAACUAUGAAUUAAACGUUGUCACUUUCUCCUCAUCUUUCCGCCAUUUUGUUUUGUUGUGCUUUCGAGAUUUACCUGUCAAUCGAUUUAAUUUCAACUUUUUGCCAUUAAUUUUAACUCACUGCACUCAAUUUCAACUUUUUGCACUCAGUUUCAACUUUCAGCGCUGUUUCGGGAUUUAUUUACGUUUUCUCAGCCAAUGAGCGUGCUGAAAUUUUUGCAUACAUUUUAUCACGAGAAACAAACGCUCUGCAAAAUGGGAGAAAGGAAAUUGAAACACUCUUAGAAAUCUGUGAAAAGAAACAAAAGGAGGGAAAAGGAAAACUCGAAACUUUAUUAACACAAAGCUUGUUCAAGUGCGGGCAUUCUGUCAAUUUAUCAUUUAGUUUUGAGUUUUACCGAAAAAAUCAUACGCUCUAAAAAGACCUUGUCUUACCGGUUUGUGCGGUUUGUUAUAACAAGUUGGUUCUGACCGCCUGAAAACUCGCCACCUAGUUAGCAUGACGUUCGCACAUGGGCAGAUGUUUGGCAGCUGUGGCAUCCGAUUUUCUCCUUACCAAAAUUGGAAAAAAAAGGGGGGGGUGGGGGAGACGGGAAAGGAGGUGUGGGCAAUUUUUUAACAGCUGUUACGAAGAUCGUGGUAGUGAACUAACUCUCCCUUGAGAUCUCUGUAGGUCAGCGCCUAGAGCGUGGAAAUGCAAGUCUGGAGUUCCAUUCCUCAUGGGGUUCAUGACAUAAACAGAUAAAAACCUACACAGAAAAAUUUACUUUCUCAAUCUAUUUUCUUCUUUUUGUUUCCUAUCAAGUUGCGUGAUACACUGUUGGAAGUAAUGUCAGACCUGCAGUCUUACCAUACUGGAUUCUAA